GCUCUCCUCGCCUGCCUCCCUCUCUUCCUCUCUCCCCUCCCUCACUCUUUUCACCUCACUCUUUCACCCCCGCACCAGCACCAGUGUCUCCAUUAUCCCUUCUCCUGUCAAAGUGCUCCUGCGUGUAAAGUAGCGACUCUGCGUGACGUGUCCGGGAGAUCUCGCGAUUGUUGGCGAGGGAGGGAGGGGGGAGGGUUCUUGUUAAGAUGGCGCCCGUCGUCACCGGCAAGUUUGGAGAGCGAUGUCAGCCUCAGCGUUUAACAAGGGAGGCCAUGAGGAUGUACUUGAAGGAGAAAGAUGAUCAAACAGUCCUCAUACUUCAUGCAAAAGUGGCUCAGAAGUCCUAUGGCAAUGAGAAAAGGUUCUUCUGUCCUCCACCCUGCGUCUACCUGCUGGGCAGUGGCUGGCAGAAGAAGAUGGAGAGGAUGGAGAAGGAGGGCUGCACCGAGCAAGAGUCCCAGACCUGUGCCUUCAUCGGGAUUGGCAACAGUGAGCAGGAGAUGCAGCAGCUCAACCUGGAGGGAAAGCAGCACUUCUGUGCAGCCAAGACUCUGUACAUCAGCGAUACAGACAAGAGGAAACACUUCAUGCUGUCAGUCAAGAUGUUGCAUGGCAACAGUGCCAACAUCGGAGUCUUCCUCAGCAAGAGGAUCAAAGUCAUCUCCAAACCUUCCAAGAAGAAACAGUCCUUGAAGAACGCUGACUUGUGCAUCGCAUCAGGAACAAAGAUCGCUCUCUUCAACCGCCUGCGCUCCCAGACAGUCAGCACCAGGUAUCUUCAUGUUGAGGGAGGAAACUUCCACGCCAGCUCCUUGCAGUGGGGAGCCUUCCAUAUACACCUGUUGGAUGAAGAGGAGUCAGAAGGGGAGGAGUUUGCAGUGAGAGAUGGUUACAUCCACUAUGGUCAGACGGUGAAGUUGGUGUGUUCUGUAACUGGGAUGGCGCUGCCUAGACUGACCAUACGCAAGGUGGACAAGCAGACAGCACUGAUGGAUGCAGACGACCCGGUGUCACAGCUCCACAAGUGUGCCUUCUACCUGAAGGACACGGAGAGAAUGUACCUGUGUCUCUCACAGGACAGGAUCAUCCAGUACCAGGCUGCAGCCUGCAUGAAGGAAGAGAACAAGGAGAUCAUCAACGAUGGAGCCUGCUGGACCAUCAUCAGCACUGACAAGGCAGAGUACACCUUCUAUGAAGGCAUGGGUCCUGUCAGCACACCUGUCACACCUGUCCCUGUGGUGGAGAGCCUGCAGUUAAAUGGCGGAGGAGAUGUGGCCAUGUUGGAGGUGACUGGUCACAACUUCACGCCCAACCUGAGGGUGUGGUUUGGAGACGUGGAGGCUGACAGCAUGUACAGGUGUGGAGAGAGCAUCCUGUGUGUGGUGCCCGACAUUUCAGCCUUCAGGGAAGGAUGGCGCUGGGUCCGUCAGCCCGUGCAGGUUCCUGUCACCUUGGUUCGUAACGAUGGAAUCAUCUACGCCACCUCCCUCACCUUCACCUACACCUCGGAACCUGGCCCGCGGCCCCACUGCAGUGUGGCCGAGGCCAUCCUGAGGGCCCGCACCACCUCCCAGACUUCACCUUCUUCCUCUUCGUUAGGUGGGCCGGCUCAUGGCCAGGUGGUCUAUAGUGACACUUGAUACUUGCAGCGGAAGAGGACCUUUUCACACACCUGACUGCAGGUAUGGACAUCAACUGUCUAGCUCCACCUACUGGACCGUGGUGGAGCUGUCAGAAGAAGAAUGUGCCUUUUUACUUUUAUAUCACUUGUUUACCUACACUUUUUUAUCAUCGUUGCUUGAUGGCAGUUAUAUCUGACUAAGGUACCUUGUGAAGAUGUCACUUGUGUUGUUGAGAAGGACGACACCUCCCACAAUGACCACCUUAAUAAACUUCAUCAGUCAAA